AUGUCCGAUUGUCUUACACCCCCAAAACUUGAAUUACUCAAUACGUUCCUUCCAUUUCGACCUGUUUGUACUGUGCCAUUAGAAAUGGCAGUGCAAAACAACUCUAGUCCUAAUGAAGCUGGUAAGUUAAUUACUAAGAGAUUCUUGUUUAGUGCUGCCAGCAUUUCUACUCUCAAGGCUAAAGCAAGAAGUGCACAAAUUCCUAACCCAACUCGAGCUGAAGUAGUCUCUGGACUCUUAUGGAAAUGCGCCAUGAAUACUUCUAAGCCAUCAAUUUUAAGUAACGCAGUUAAUAUCCGUCCGAGAUUGGAGGCACCAUUACCAGACUACUCGAUUGGAAAUAUUUUUUUGAAUGCGAUUGCAAAUUAUGAUCCAAUUAGAAGUAAUCAUGACUUGUUACCUCUCUUAGUGAGUCUUCUCAGAAAAUCAGUUGAUGGAAUCAAUUCGAAAAAUUUACAAAAGUUUCAAGGUGAGGAAGGGUUUGAAGAAAUCCGUAAGCUACACGAAAAGCACAGAGAAAUGUUUUCUUGUUGCUCAAGCUGUAAACCAGUCGUUUACAUGGUUACCGCUGUGAGUAGAAUGGGUUUUUACGAAGUAGAUUUCGGGUGGAGAAAGCCUAUAUGGGUGGCAUGGGCAUCAAUCAAUGAAACUUUUUCGGAGAAUCUGAUUUUACAGUUGGGAAAUAGAACUGGUGAUGGAAUAGAUCAGCGUGGGUGA